GUUUCCUGAAUGAUGUAACUGAAAAUUCCCCUUCCUGUGCUUCUUGUUUCCUGAUCAGUUUUCUCUUUGUUCUCGAAGACAUUCCAGCAGCUGCUUAUCUUUUAUUCCUGAUCUUUUAUUCCUACAAAUCUUUGUGAAGACAAGUUAUGUUAACAGCUACUUUAAUUAAUUUGGUACGAACCGGAGGGUAUCAAGCACGAAGGAGAGCUGUGCUGACGUCCCGCCUCUUGCAAGACGAGAAGCGUCCGACAGCUGCGUGCUACAGCUCCACCUCCGAGCGCCGGGCUUCCCGCUUCGAUCCAGAUGGGAGCGGCCGACCUACCACGUGGGACACCUUUGGCAUCUGGGACAAUCGCAUUGAUGAACCUAUUCUCCUCCCACCAAGCAUAAAGUAUGGGAAGCCGAUUCCAAAAGUCAGCCUGGCCAAUGUGGGCUGCGCUAGCCAUAUCGGGAAGCGCAAGGAAAAUGAAGACCGGUUUGAUUAUGCCCAGCUGACGGAGGAUAUCCUGUACUUUGCAGUAUACGAUGGACAUGGCGGGGCAGCGGCAGCAGACUUCUGUGAUAAGUACAUGGAAAAAUAUAUUAAAGAAUUUCUUGCUGAGGAGGAGAACUUGGAAAAUGUUUUGAACAAAGCUUUUCUAGAAAUAAACAAAGCAUAUGAAAGGCACGCUCAUCUGUCUGCUGAUGCAACUCUGAUGAACUCUGGGACCACUGCAACAGUGGCUCUGCUCCGGGACGGUAUUGAGCUGGUUGUGGCAAGUGUGGGAGACAGUCGUGCUCUGCUGUGUCGAAAGGGAAAGGCCAUGAAACUCACCAUUGACCAUACUCCAGAAAGAAAGGAGGAGAAGGAAAGGAUUAGGAAGUGCGGUGGCUUCGUUGCCUGGAACAGUCUGGGACAACCUCAUGUGAAUGGUAGACUUGCAAUGACGCGGAGCAUAGGAGAUUUGGAUCUUAAAAACAGUGGUGUGAUAGCCCAGCCAGAAACAAAAAGGGUUCAGUUGCAUCAUGCAGACGACAGCUUCCUGGUCCUUACUACAGACGGUAUUAACUUCAUGGUGAACAGUCAGGAGAUCUGCGACUUCAUUAACCAGUGCCAUGAUCCUGCCGAAGCUGCCCACGUUGUUACUGAGCAGGCAAUGCAAUUCGGCACUGAAGACAACAGCACAGUUGUCAUAGUGCCAUUUGGAGCAUGGGGAAAGUACAAAAACGGUGAGAUCAACUUCUCCUUCAGCCGCAGUUUUGCUUCCAGCGGGAGGUGGGCAUGAAGACCUGCCACAGCUAUCUUUUCCUGCCAUAAUCUGGACACAGCGUGCUACAGGAGAACACAUCCAUCUGUUCAUAGGUUGACUCAGUGUCUUGUCCAUCUCUUCUGUUGCCAGUGUUAUAGAAGAUGCCACUGCUCCCUCGGUGCCUAAUGCCCUGUUGUUGCUUAUGGCUGAUCGCAUUUUGCUGCGUUUAUUUAUUCCAGUCAGCAUUGAGGCAGCUAUUUCUUUGGGUUUGUAGUCCCAGCAGCUCUGCACAUCACUUUGUUCAUGUAGACGAGGCUCUGGGCUUUCACCUAAGGCUGGGGGUGUUGCACAAUUGUUUCAUACCUGCUUGUAUUACCCAGAACCCUUAGUUACCUGGCAGCUGUGUAAGUCUGAGUCUCUGAGCCACAUGCUGGCUUCUUUGUAUGUUAAUGUAUGGGGGAACAAACGCACAGUGGUUUUAGGUAGACAAAAAGCGUGUUUGUUGUCUUCCUCCGCUGUGCAGCCACUAAAAACUCCCCUGUGCUUCAGGAGAAGCAGGUGAAAAAUAAGGGAGAAGUUUCAGAAGCGUUUAGGUUCUGAUGCCAGUGGCAUUUGGUGUAUCUGAACAACUUCCUGAGACAGUGCUGCUUUGCAGGGCUUUAUGCUCUCGCCGCCAUCAUCCGUGAUCCUCUAGCUCCAAGGAGACGGAGCAGGCUGGAGCCGCGUGCCGUUGGACAGAUGGAAACGUUUCUCCAUUGGCUCCAAAGCCUGUACAGUCUCUGUGGACCACGUAGCAGCCCCUUGCACCAUCUUCUCUUUGGCGUGCCAGUGCUUGACAGGAGCACAGAGGAGGGAAAAAGCUGCACAUUUCUGAUAUCCAGAGACUCUCAUCAAAUUUGAAAAAUUUUUUUUUAAAAAGAAAACCAGCUAAUUUCAAAGAGUUUACUAAUCAAGAUUCUUUGGAUGUGUAAGACAGGAGAGUUUAUUUCUUCAUAAAUAUAUGAGGAUUUUCCUGCCCUCCGCUGAAGGUUUCUUUCAGUUAGUCAUGAUCUCCUGUGUCUCUUCAUGGUAUACAGGGAGCUGUAAAAUGCCCAAAGCAAGCAAGCUAGAGAAAGGAGAGAGCAUUAUAAUAACGUAAGGUAAUUUUUAUAAGUUCUGGGUAUUGUUUCUAGUAGGUGUCAGAUAUUCAGACACCAGAAGGUAGUUUUAUACUUCAAGGAAGCAUUUCCACUUAGCUUUCCAGAGGGAGUCUGUGUGCAGUGAGGCAUGGGGGGCCGGAGCUCUGAGCCAGCUCAUAUCGCUGCUGUGACAUGGACUGCAGGUGAUGUGUUGGCAGCAGGUGAAGAUUUGUCCCAGCAUGCCUCAUUCAGACCUCCUUCUUCCUCCACUCCACAUCAGGUGUGCAGCUCCUGUGGCCUCCGAGUCACCCUGUUGCAAUGAAAUAUGGGCAGAGAAGAACUGGGCUCUUCUCAGACUUGCCGCAAUGUUUUUCAUUCUAUGGAUGUUUCCAACAGCACAAUUGUGAAAAUAAAACAAAAAAAGAGUGAAAGAGAAGUUGCCUGAUGCUAAAUCACCUUGCAAUAAGGAAAAAUAUUUCUGAGAUGCCUGGCCUGAUACUCAUUUUCCAGUGUGAAGUACACAUCUUCAUUAAUUUUAGCCCUUUCCUUUUAGCCCAGGGUUACACCUUUGGCAGUCAUUCCACAUGUUUUUCCUUGCCUCUGGUCGAAGGCCUAGCAGCACCCAGCAGAGCACAGUGUUGUACUGACAGCAUUAAAUACUAGGUGUUUAGAGAGUACGCUGGUUUUGUCCGAUCACUUGGUGUGUUACAUGGUGUAUGUAACAUGUAUGUUCAGUUCGUAAGUAC